AUGAUAAUUCCAGUAACCCAGAACCCAGAGGAACUGCCAGAAUGGGUAUCAAUAUAUUUUAUGAAGAAGGAUGACAACGCCCAGCGAUGCAACAUAUGCGAGACAGUUGUCAACGCUUCAGAGAAGUCCCUUGAUCUCCUAGACCAUUUAAAAACAAAACACGCAGAGGUUAUAGAGUUACACAAGAACCCAGAUUCAUCAGUGGGGUUUCGUAUAGAGUUUCUUCAGUUGAAUGUUCUUGAUGAUGGUACGGAAAAGACACAGCCAGUGAUCUUGGGUGAGGUCUGUGAAGGCCCUACGGAGGAGGUUGUCAGCGAAAAGACCAUUGCCCUAACGGAUUACGAGCCAACAAAUGUCCAAGACCCGGAAACGCAGCUGGGUGUGGAAGUACUUCGACAAGCUGAGCACCAUCAUCUUCCGCUGCAACAUCUGCAACGUCGUGCUAUCUAUCAAGGGCUGCAACACCAACAAUAUGAACCGCCACGUCCGCACACGCCACCCGAACAUCUACCAAGUCGAAGUGGGGGCAAGGGGGAGGGGGACUCCAUCCUGGACCUUCAGGAGGUGGAGACUCCCUACGCGGUGAAAACGGAAGAAAUCACGGACAAGGAUUAUGAUGACGGGAGUGUUGUAGAGAGCCCUGACAAGAAGGCCCACCGCAGCUGGGUGUGGUCCUACUUCAAGAAGCUGAGCGGAACCCAGGCGCAGUGCAAGCUGUGCAACAGAAACAUCUCCCACGGCGGCAACGCCACCGGCAACAUGAACAGACACAUCAAGAUGAUACACAAGGAGGUGUAUACUAAGGUCGCAGACGAAAACAGCUGGGUCUGGAAAGUGUUCGAAAGCGACGAAGACGAAUUCUACUCGUGCAAGAUCUGCCAGUUCAAGUGCACCAAGUACGCCAACAUCGACAAGUCUGUGCUCUGCAUACUCAAGCAUCUGAAGGCGGACCACGGGGUCGUAUCCGGUGACCAGAUCAUCACUAGUGUGGACUGCGACACCUAACCGCAGUGAUAGUGGACUUUACUCGCUAUCUAAGGUUUGAUUUCAUGUGAAACAUCACAAAACAUGAGUGUUAAUUCAUUUAUGGAGUUACAGAUAAUUUUUUUUAGGAAUGUAUUACCAAUUAAAAGCCAUGACAAGACAUCUGAAUACAAACCAUGGGGUUUUGUCCGGUAACCAGGCUAUGGCACUGGUCCCACUGCGAGCUACUAAACUAUCGGCUAUAAAAACGAACAAAAGAUAGCAAUAAAAGAGACACGGCUAUAUUGAUAGCUCACCACCGCUGGGCGAGUAACUAUAAACAUCGCCGUGACUCUUUUACUUACGCGGAGUGAUUAUCUUUUGAUUUGUUUUUAUAGCCGAUAGCUCAUAGCUUACUAGCUCUGUCUAUCUAUUACUAGUGUGGACUGCGACUCUGAACCGCAGUGAUCAUGAACUUUACUUGCUCUGUAGUGUGAAGGUUUGAGUUCAUAGACGUUUAAACGCUAGCCGUUUUAUCAAGACAUGAUUUUGAAUUCCAUCUCAAAGAUGAAAAUAAGUUAAAUUUGUUGUAAAAACUACAGGAAUUCCACCAAAAAUAUUGAUGCAAGAUGUUGAUGUUGAUGCAAGAUUUAUGGGGUCCAGUGAAAUUUUGUUUGCCAACGUAUUACUGAUUAAAGUCACGACAAGACAGUUAUCUGCUUAUCAAACUUCUGGCGGACCAUGGGGUCAAGUUCAGCGACAGAUUAUCAAUGCUGCAAUGAUUGUGGACUUUUUUUUGCAUUUUCUUUAGAUUUGAUUUCCUGUGAAGCUAUUUUCUAUGCAAGCCGUCUAAAUGCUAUAGUAAUGUAGGAUUACAAACCGAUAUUGUUUGCAAGCGUAUGUGAUUAUCAAUUAAUAUUAUGUCACGAGAGUUGUCUAGUUUCUCAAAUCAUUUGAAACAGACCUUCGACAUGUCUCUGGAGUGAUAACUAGGGUGGAUUGUACCUUUGAUCUACAUUCAUUGUAGACUAUUAGAAGUGAUGUAAGGUCGAUUUUGUAAUCUAGAUGCCUUGACGGCAUAUGUUUAGAUUCUUUUAUAUCCACAACCUAACCGCAAAAGAAAUAUAGUCGUGUGGCCAUAUUUUUGGUACGUUGUCCGCAUAUAUAUUUAUUACUUUGACUGUACUUUGUCUACCUUGAAGUGGUUCAAGGUCCGAGUAUUAGCGGCGUGCGAGUAGAAUUGAAUACGUACAAUGACUAGCCUGCGCGCGCACGUCACGCAAGCGGUGUGACGUCUCUCAUAUGGUUCUGUAUGUGACAACGGUCACUUGCACCCAGUGUGACAGACCUUAAGAUUUUCAUUAAUUGGUUUCUUGGGAACAGAUCUUUAAAAAUAUUUCACACAGAGCUAAGUAUAUUGAUUUAGAACUCUGUGUGAAAGCAAUACUUUUUGUAAUUAUAUAGUGAUCUUUACAUAGUUAAUUUAAAAAAACUCACUAGUAAUGUUGAUUUGUAAAGUUAGGAGUGCACUAAAGUAUAAAUAAAAGCUUUUAUAAUCGUUGGUUCUUGAGUGCAUUCUUAAAAAUGAAAAUGUUUUCGUGGACUGCAUUUGUUUACUGUAAAUUACAAAAUGUUAAUAUUUUAUUACUUAAGUUUCAUAAUAAUAUUUAUUUUCUUCGGAAUGGUAGCGAGUUUUAGUUUUUUGUUUUUAGUAAGUAUUUAUAUUUAUAACUUAAAAUAAUUUUUAAAAUAGUAUAUGUAAUUCGGUAGGCUAAUUUUGUUUGUACUAUAUAAGAUUUUUAGUAAUAGUAGGGUUAAUGGUCAACCUUCUUUUUAUCUAAGUAAGUUGUAUAUUUUACAGAAUAUAAAUAAAACUAUUGCUUGAC